AUGGGCGGUGCAGAAAGUACUACGAUCGACAAUAAAACUAGUUCUUCUGAAUUAAAUCAUGUAUCUAACGAAGAAGUACUUUUCGGUGCUGUCGAAACUAAUAAUGUGUCUAUUGUAAAGAAUUUCAAGAAAGAUGAACUUCGACACUUAUGUCAAAUACGUCGUCGUUUUCCUUCUGAAUGGUCAUCGCCACACGAAGAAGCACAAACAGCUUAUCAACGUGCAUGUCUUCUGGGCCAUAGAGAUAUUGUACAAUGUAUGUUGAAUGCUGGUAUUGAAGUUGCUCAAAAAUUUUCUGGUGGUGAUUCGCGUUCUACUAUGCGUGGAGCAUUUAUGUUUGCUUGUCAGUCACGCUCGAUGCCGACAAUUCUAGCUUUACUCGACGCUGGUGCGCCUAUUAACAAAGAUGGCUCAUGUUCUCUCGCCUAUGCUGACUCAUUUCUACCUAAUAUUUCUAUCACUAAUUUAUAUGACCCCCGACAAGCCCCCUGGGAGUUUCUCUAUCCCAUUUGA